GGGGAGCCGCUGGCGGCGGAGCAGCGGCGCUGCAGGGGCGGGGCGGGGCAGGGCGGGCGGCUCCCGGGAGCGGUGAGUGGCCGCCGGAGGAGGAGGGGCGGGGUUUGUGGGAGGGGAGAGAAAAGAGCCGGGACAGCGCCGGUAGCUCAGAGAGCAGCGGGACCGACAGAGACGCGCCGGGCAGCUCCCAGCGCGGACACAUCGGGUCCUGCAGCUCUGCUGUGCCGGCAGCAGCAACGCCCCCCACCCCGGCAUCCUCCCUCCGAGCCGCUGCAGCGCCCGCUCCCCGACGCCGGCGGCUCUGCUCCCGGAGCAGCUGCGAUGCGCCUUGUCCAGAACAUGUGCACCAUCGCCGAGUACCCCCCGGCCGGCAGCGCCAGCGGAGACGGCUGCAGCGGGGGUGCCUCCGCCCGCCCCCGCCUCAUCAAGAUCGCGGUGGUGGGAGCCAGCGGCGUGGGCAAAACCGCCCUGGUGGUGCGAUUCCUCACAAAACGCUUCAUCGGAGACUACGAGAGGAACGCAGGUAACCUUUAUAGCAGACAGAUCCAGAUAGAUGGAGAGAUGCUUGCUAUUCAAGUGCAAGAUACACCAGGAAUUCAGAUCCAUGAACACAGUCUGGACUGUAAUGAACAGUUGAACAGAUGCAUUCGAUGGGCAGAUGCUGUUGUGAUUGUUUUCUCCAUCACAGAUUAUAAGAGCUAUGAACUACUUAGUCAACUUCAUCAGCAAGUUCGACAGUUACACCCAGGAAACAGAGUCCCUGUUGUCCUUGUAGCAAACAAAGCUGAUCUCCUACAUAUUAAAGAGGUGGAGCCACAGAAUGGACUUCAGUUGGCCAACAUGCUAGGUUGUACUUUUUAUGAAGUGUCUGUCAGUGAGAACUACAAUGAUGUCUUCAAUGCCUUCCAUGUCCUGUGUAAAGAAGUUAGUAAACAACAAAUAACUAGCACCCCUGAGAAGAGAAGAACCUCUCUUAUCCCAAGGCCAAAGUCGCCAAACAUGCAGGAUCUGAAGAGAAGGUUUAAGCAAGCUUUGUCUGCUAAAGUUAGGACUGUCACUUCUGUCUGAAAGCAAAGCUAAGUGGGGGGUUUUAUCUUCUCAACCUGUUGUCAUAAAGUUCCAACUUUGGAAUGUUAAACACUGGCACUAUGGAGUCCAAGGCCGUGUGAAAGAAGGAUGGAUCAGAGGUUCUUUUGAACUGCUGUAGAAAUAAACCAUUGCUUAAAGGAGAAACAAGCGUGAGGCUUGAAUAAACUCCUUAAGUGAUUUUAGCAAAUGAAUGGUAGAACAUCUAUCUUCAUUUUAAAACCAAACUUUUAGUAAUUGAAAAGAAAACAACCCACAAAACUUUAGUCUUGCUUUCCUAGGAUGGGACACAGUUGGCUUGAUGUACAACCACAUCACUUAACAAAGUUUGGUGACCAAAAAAAAAAAUACCCUGAACUGCAGCUUACUUAUUGGAAAUAACCAUUUGAGUCUUACAGUUGUAUGCUUGUUUUUGGUAUUGGAUGAAGGACAGCAUGUAUGUAUUUUUAUUGCUCAGUAGAGCUUGAUUUUUACCCAUGUAUUCUGAAGCACAAAUGAGCUUGUUUUGAAAAGUCAGUGUAAAAUGAGUGGCUGUGACUGGGUUUUCAUGAUUGUAAAAAUAAUGCUACGCUAUUUUGUUGCUACAUUAUUACUGAGGGUUUGACCAGAAUUUUUGUACACAGAAAUAUUGUGCACAGGGUCUAAGUGUAUUUUAUCAUUACAAAUAACUUGUUUGUUUUUUUACCAUCUGAAAAAUAUUGUCGAGAUUAAUUUUAAAAUGUUACACUACUGCUGCUUUUCAGAUGCAAGUCCCGAGUUGGAAUGAUGAUCCUUGGUAACUGCUUAGUGCAAAACCUUUUCCAUUUCUCCCCAGCCCCAUUGUGUGUAGUAAGCAUGGAAGGAACUCACUUUGUCAAUUCAGUAUUGCAUGAUAUACACUGUUGGCUCUAGGCAGUGAAGCUGGCAGGGGCGGCUCCAGGCCCCAGCACAAGCGCGUGCUUAGGGCGGCAUGCCACGGGGUGCGCUCUGCCAGUCGCCGGGAGGGCGGCAGGCAGGGUGGCUUCGGUGGCAUGCCUGCGGA